GAUUAAACGUGUACAUUUUCAAGUCACUGUUCAACAAAGUGACGCCCUAAUGAGGUCAAACUGUUAAAACUUUCUUCCUCUUUCUUAGGUCAAAGCAGGAAGGAUAAAGUCUUCUUAGAAUAGCUAUUGUACACAGUCGUUGGUUAUUUGAUUUGCUGCUAAUCAACUACAACUUACUGGAUUUUAAAACAAUAUUUUUCCUCUGCUGCAGAUUCAUUUGUCUAGGAGAUGAGUGUCAUGGCAGCCCUGUGUGUGAACGUGGUGACAGUCAACAUGUUACUGAGUGUCUUCUUUCUUUCAGGUGUUUGGGCUCAAUGUGAUGAGAAAACAGGCCUCAUCAUUACUGCACCAAAGAAGAUGGAAGCACUGAGUGGAUCUUGUUUGAAAAUCCCAUGUAACUAUAGAGAGACACCAGGAAAAGGGUUUGACAACAGAAGAAAAACCUUUGGAGUGUGGAUUAAAAAUGAUGCACAUUCAAAUAAAAAGAGUACAGUCUACAACAGUAGUGGGUCAGUUAAAAUCUAUCCAAUGAAUAUUACUGGAGACCUGAGUCAGAAAAACUGCACCACUCUGUUUUCUGGUUUAAACACAAGUCAUUCAGACACAUACUACUUCAGAAUUGAGAACGAACCGUUCAAGGCAACAGCUGAUUGUGAUCCUCUUCAAAUAACAGUUAACGAUUCUCCUUGGAGACCCACAAUUAACAUCUCAGGUGAUGUGAAGGAGAAGGAGUCUGUCACUAUCACCUGCUCAGCUUUCACUCCCUGUCCACACUCCCCUCCUCAACUCACCUGGAAUCUACAACAAGACCCUCCCAACAAAAUAGAGGAAAACACAGAUGGGACCUUUACAACUAAAAUCCAGGAGACCAUCACUCUGUCAGACACACAUGAUGGAAACAACAUCAUCUGUUCUGUCAGAUAUCCUGUGAAUGAAGGAAAAGACAUCAAGACAGCAGAGACACAAGAGACUCUCAGUGUUUCAUAUGCUCCUAAAAACACCUCAGCAUCCAUCAGUCCAUCAGGUUUGGUGUCAGCAGGUAGCUGGGUGAAUCUGACCUGCUCCAGCAGAGCCAAGCCUCCCAUCAGACACUUCACCUGGUUCAAGAACAGCAAAGAUGGACCCAUGAUCGUAUCUGAAGGACACUUCUACAGCUUCAAUGUGACUGAUGGAGGAGUUUAUUACUGUGUGGCCUCAAAUCAACUUGGUAACCAGACGUCACCGUGGAUUCAUCUGAAUGUUGAAGGCUCCUCACACUGGGAACCAGUUGUUGGAGGAAUCAUUGGGAUCAUCUUUGUUUGGUGGUUAAAGUCAAGGCAUCAAAGUCAACAACAGACUCAGAGUCAAAGAGGUGAAGAUCUGGUUGUUGAAGAAGCUGCAGGUGAAACAGAAGUAGAAAACAUCCAUUAUGGAGAGAUCAACUUCUCCAAGCAGAGACGUGACCCGUCCUCUGACUCAGUGCAGGACAGUGGACAGCAGCAGGACACGGUGUACGCACAGGUCAAGAUCAAGAAACCAGCAAAGGGAUUAACACAGACUGUUGACGACACAGAUUAUCUCUAUGCUGAAGUCAAGAAAAAAUUAGAACUGUGUUUUGCUUGUGUAGAGAUUCAAUUUGACAAAAUCAGUUACAGAGAAAAACAUUAA